AUGAGGGCUCUCAUCAAAAGGGGAGCCGUGGGGGAGUUCCCUGGUGGUCCAGUGGCUGGGACUGGGCGCUUUCACGGCUGGGGCCCCGGGUUCAAGCCCUGGUUGGGGAUGGUGGACACAGACCAAGUGGAGGCGGCAGGGAGGACUCCUCUGAGGACAGGGGAUUGGCCCCGAGGAACGCUGGAGGCUGUCCGGCGCACAGGAGCCCUGGGCCUUCGGAGGGAGGGUGGUCCUACACCUGGACUUGAGUUUUCUGGCCUCCAGAACCGGAAACAACAAAUCUCUGCAGUUUUUUUUUAA